GAUCAAGUAUUUGUAGAAUUAGAGCUUUUAAUAUUUUUGAAGUUGACAUGGUUUUUUGUGACUGUUUUUAAGAUGAAAAGCAAAAGUCGUUCUGAUUUAUCAGAACUCAAAGUAGGACAAAGCACUAUUGAAGAUAUAAUGUCAAGAGCUUAUGACAGUUUUGAUAUCCAGCUCAGCAGUAUACAGUUACUGUACAGCAAGCAUGAUGAGAACUGGCAAGAAGCUCGGAAGCUGAAAUACUCAUCUCAACAUAUCUUGCAGCCCUUGGAUGUAAAGGUGGAAUUUAGCAGGGCUAUGGUUGUUACAGAUGCAAGAAUGCCCAAGUUCAAACUGUCUGGUCAGCUGCCUUUACUUUCUAUCCAAAUAUCAGACCAGAAGCUGACAAGUAUCUUGGAGCUAAUUGAUAGCAUUCCUAAGCCUGAAAGUGCUCCUGCUACCAGUUCUCCUCCAAAAAUAACUGAGGCUGCAAUAUCCCCUGUGCUCUCAGCACCACAUUUAUCACAAGGUGUGUUUCCUGUUUUGGAUCUUCAUUCAUUUGCUGAGUCAGAGUCAGAAGAAGAAUUUUAUGAUGCCCUAAGCAGUCCUGUGGAAGACAUGCCAUUUUUUGAAGCUCCAUCUGGUUCCCUCAAGCGAGCUACCAGUACCAGGCGAAAAAAACUACAUAAACAAGAGUCUUUGAAAAAUAUGACAGAAUUCCAGCUAACAUUUGAAGUAGCUGAGGUCUUAAUUAAAUUAUGCCGUCUUACUGGUAAUACCGAGACACCUGUGCUGCAGCUUGAUAUUGUAGGGUUAGGCACUGAACUUAAAUUAAGAACAUUUGACAUGACUGCAAAUGCUUUCCUUCGUGAAGUUUGUCUGCUGUGCCCAGAGUAUAUGGAUGAUAAUGACAAGCCAGUUUACAUAAUUACUACUUUGGAUAAUAUAGAAGAUGAUCUUCUCACUCUGGAGUACAUAAAGGCUGAUAUUAAUGGACCAGAACUGAAAACUACCUAUCAGAAUGUUCUACAGAAAAUAAAGGUGAACUUUUCAUCUCUAGAUGUUCAUUUGCAUACUGAAGCUCUGCUGAAUGCUAUGAACUAUCUGAACAAUCUUCUACCCAAACAAGAAACUAAAGUUGCAGAAGAACUGGUCCAUGAAAAAAUAGAGGAGAAGAAGGAUGUUCUUAAGAAACUAACAUCAAAAAAGUCGAAGUAUGAAGACGUUAUUGACCUCAAUAUCUGUGCAGAUUUAUCCUGUUUACGUAUCUUUAUUAGAGAGAAAAAACAUAGAAUAGCUGAAAUUCACAUUGAAGGUCUGGAUAGCCAAGUGAUCAUGAAGAAGGCAGCAACAGAAGUGACUGCAAAAUUAAAGAACAUCAUUAUUGUGGAUUCCGAUGAGACGGCAUUGUAUAAAAAGGCUCUUUACAUCACAGGAAAAGAAGUAUUCAACUUUAGAAUGAUAUCUUAUGUGAAUGCUACAGAUGGCAUUGCAUAUACAAAUAUGGAUGUUGUUGACAAUCGUAUUUACCUGACUGUGGGAUGUAUUCAAGUAGUUUUUGUCAACAAGUUUGUUUCAUCUAUUUUGGCUUUUAUAAAUAACUUUCAAGCUGCCAAGGAAGCUCUUACUGAGGCAACUGUUCAAGCAGCAGAGAAAGCAGCUACAGGUGUAAAAGAGCUAGCGGAGCGUAGUUCCCGUUUGGCACUAGAUAUCAAUAUUAAAGCGCCUGUUGUGAUAGUUCCACAGUCAGCAAUGUCUGCGAAUGUCCUGGUGGCUGAUCUUGGUCUAAUCACUGUGAAGAAUCAAUUCUUUAUCGCUAAAACAAAAGCACGGUAUAAUCUCCCGCCUGUCAUUGACUCUAUGACCGUGAAAUUGAGUGAACUAAAGUUGUACAGAUCAUGCUAUGAGCAGGGUUCAUUGCAAACUGAAGUACAGUUGCUGCAGCCACUCAAUCUGGAAGUUGCUGUUGAACGAAACUUAGCUGCCACAUGGUAUAAUGAAGUUCCUGACAUUGAAAUAUCUGGUCGACUCAAGCCUAUGAAUCUAAUUCUGAGUCAGGAGGAUAUUACCACAAUAUUGAGGACACUAAAUGAAAAUAUAGGUGGAAGCUCUGGUGCAUCAACAUCUUUACCAGAACCAAAAGAUACGACUAGCCAUUGUAGUGAUUUGCAUAGUACUUCACAGCACUCUGCAGGUGUAACUGUUGUGACAUCAGCUGUGGUGGAACUGCAUUCACCUAUGAAAAUAAAAACAACACUAAAACUGGACUUCAGAUUUGACUCUCUGACUUUAGUAUUGUAUAGUCCAAAUUCAAAACAGGUUACAAAUUUGGAUCAGAGAGAUGACCUUUUGAAGCUUGCAGAGUUUAAGUUAGUUUUGAUGUCAGCUGCUGUCAAAAUGUUAUCAGAUGGUUCAAUGAAUGCUUCAGUCAAGCUGGCAAAUUGUACAUUAGAUGAUAAAAGACAGUCAAUCCAGAAGGCUACACCAAGAAUGGUGGAAAUGAAACAUGGAUUUGAAAAGAAAGUUAUGGUGGAUAUAAGCUAUAAACAGGGGAGAGAUGGCACUGUUCUUGAUGUGAUUGUUCAAGAGAUAUACCUUUGUGCAAGCAUGGAGUUCCUACUUACUGUUGCAGAUAUAUUCCUGAAGGCUAAUGCAGAAAGUGCUGCUGCACAGAGAAAUCUCAAACAGUCAUUACCUUUAAAGGAGCAAGCACCUGUGCAGGCUGUAUCUACAAUGGAAAUGAACAUUGUUGUUAAAAAUCCAGAGAUUGUGUUUGUGGCCGAUUUAACAAGAAGUGAUGCUCCUGCAUUGGUGGUUACAACACAGUGCGAGGUCUUCAUUAAAAAUAGCCCUGAAAGGUAUAGCAUGACAGCUGCUGUUAAAGAGAUACAAAUGAGAGCAUGCCCAUUUCUUCCAGAAAAAAGGAAGGGAAACAUUACUACGGUAUUACAGCCUUGUGACUUCUUCUUUGAAAUGAAACAGUCAGGUACUAAUCCACAGACAGCUGAUCUAACGAUUAAAUCUCUAACAAUAAAAGUUUCACCAAUAAUCAUUAACACAGUAAUUACUAUUACAUCAGCCCUUUAUCAAACUGCAGAAACAACAGAAGAAGAAAUUAGUCAAAUUCCUCCAGACUUGUGGAAUAAGAAAGAUAUAAAAAAUCUAAAAAUGUGGUUUCUUGAAGAGUCAAGUGAAAAUGAAGAUACAAAUCCAACUGCUGAACUGGUUCCCACAGGAGAGUCACUGAAAAUGAGUAUAGAAUCUGUUUUUCUAACACUUGAAGCUGGGGUUGGGCACCGAACUGUACCAAUGCUUUUAGCCAAGUCCUCAUUUCUUGGAGAAGUCAAAAACUGGAGUACUCUAAUCAACCUACGUUCUCAUCUUGAGCUAGAGGUACACUAUUUUAACGAGAUGUUUGGGGUGUGGGAACCUUUGCUUGAACCACUAGAAGUUGAGAAGAGUGAUUUAUUCAAACCAUGGAUUCUUGAAAUCAAGAUGAAGAAGAAGGCUAAAAAGGCAUUGGUUGAAUCAGAUGCAGAAGAAGAAAACUACAAAGUUCCAGAAUAUAAAACAGUAAUAAAUGUUUCCUCAAAAGACCAGCUGAACAUUACUCUAUCCAAAUGUGGGCUACAAAUGUUAAGUAACUUGGGCACGGCAUUUGCUGAAGCAGCUAGUCAAACUUCAGACAUCUUCAAAAAAGACCGAGCACCAUUUGUAAUAAUAAAUUCUUUAGGACUUCCCAUCACUGUCUUGCCUAGUGAUUCCUUUAGUGUCCUUAAUGUUGAAUUUGGAGAAAAAAAAUUUCAUUUAAGAGAUGGAGAGAAUUUAAAUAUGGAAUUUGUCAGAACUAAAAAUGAGAGUGACCAGUUCACAGCAAUGACAACUCUGAGUAGCAAGAGGUUUUACAUUCAGAUAUAUCCUCAUAACCAUUCCACUGUGGAAAAGAUUCCAUUGACAAAAGUGGGUCGAUGUAUUUACAGAGUGAGACAUGAGGAAUCCGGUGUUGAAAGGUCCAUUGUCUGCCAAAUUGAUACUGUUGAAGGAAGCAAGAUGAUAACUAUACGUUCUCCUGUUCAGAUAAGGAAUCAUUUUUCAAUCCCAUUAAAUAUUUUUGAGGAAGGAAGAUGUUUAGGGACUGCUUCACCAGAAAAUGAAUUCAACAUACCAUUGUCCUCUUACAGAUCCGUACUGAGUCUGCAACCGCUACCCAAUGAAAAUGGAGUGGAUGGAGAAUAUGAUAUGUGUGAAGGAAUUACAUUUGAUGAAAUUAUGAAAAACGUUGACAGUUUAUUACAAAGGAAAUGCCAGUCUGUGAGGUCAACUAACCAUUCACUUAUCAUCAAUAUUGUUCCUGUAAAAGACACAUUAACAUCUUCAUUAUGUGCAGAAGAUCAAUGGGAUUUUCCAUAUGUUGUUCAUUUAUGGCCCUCUGUUCUUCUCCGCAAUCUCCUUCCUUAUCAAAUAACUUACUCUGUUGAGGGAAAUGGGAACAAAUAUGACACUCUACAAGAAGGGUGUUCAGCUCAGAUUCAUAAUGCAGUCUUGGAUCAAACAAAACUAGAUUUACAGUUGCUUAACUAUCUUGAUCAAAACUGGAAAAGUGAAUACCAUAUAAAAAGCAAUCUACCAGACAUCAGCUUCACAACGUUUUACUGUAUCACAGAGUUGGAUAAGACUGAACUGGAUAUUGCUGUCCACGUGACCUAUACAACUGGGCAGAUGGUUGUAGCAAUUCACAGUCCAUACUGGAUGGUAAAUAAAACCGGUCGAAUGUUGCAGUACAAAGCUGAUGGUAUUCACCGCAAGCAUCCUCCAGAUUACAAAAAGCCACUCCUUUUUUCUUUCCAGCCCAAAAACUUCCUCCAAAAUAACAAGGUGCAACUUAUGGUAACUGACAGUGAACUGUCUGAUCAGUUUUCACUGGACACUGUUGGAAGCCAUGGGUCUGUGAAAUGCAAGAGUCAUAAAAAGGAAUAUCAAGUCGGUGUCACCAUAAACAACAGCAGUUUUAAUAUUACUAGAAUUGUAACUUUCACUCCGUUUUUUAUGAUCUCAAAUAGAAGCAAAUACACUUUGGAAGUAGCUGAAGAAGGCAAGGAAAAGUGGAUUCCUCUUGUUUUGCAACAG